AUGGGCAAAACUAGAUUCUUGGACUUGCUCCGUCCAGCCAUGGCAAUCCUGCCAGAAGUUGCCAAACCAGCCAAGACUGUAAAAUUCCAAGAGAAGGUCUUGUGGACAGCUGUUGCUCUCUUUAUUUAUUUGGUCUGUUGUCAGAUCCCUGUAUACGGAAUUCGUAAUGCUUCAUCAAGCGAUCCAUUGUAUUGGAUGCGUGUGAUUUUAGCUUCAAACAGAGGUACACUCAUGGAACUUGGUAUUUCUCCAGUCAUCACUGCUGGAUUGAUUAUACAGCUUCUCAGUGGUGCAGGUUUGAUUGAUGUGAAUCAGAAUAGCGAAGAAGAUAAGGUCUUACUCGAUGGUGCUCAAAAGUUCUUUGGUCUUAUCAUGACCAUCAUUGAAGCUGUCGCUUACGUUUCAUCAGGAAUGUACGGAGAUGUGAGAGAACUUGGUAUUGUUACAGCUCUUCUUAUUGUCUUGCAAUUGUUCGUUGCUGGUAUUGUUUGCUUGUUGUUGGAUGAAUUGUUGCAAAAGGGCUACGGAUUAGGUUCUGGUAUCUCAUUGUUCAUUGCUACAAACAUUUGCGAAACGAUCAUUUGGAAGAGCUUCUCACCAUCAACAAUUAAUACUGGUAGAGGAGUUGAAUUUGAAGGUGCCAUCAUUGCUCUUUUCCAAUUGUUGAUUACUCGUAGCGAUAAGGUUAGAGCUUUGAAAGAAGCUUUCUAUAGACCAAAUCUUCCAAACAUUACCAACUUGUUGGCAACAAUUUUGGUCUUUUUGAUUGUCAUCUACUUCCAAGGUUUCCGUGUUGAGUUGCCAUUAAGAUCAUCCAGACAAAAGGGUAAUGCAGGAACCUAUCCAAUCCGUUUGUUCUACACUAGCAACAUGCCAAUCAUCUUGCAAACUGCUUUGGUCUCCCAAAUGUUCCUCUUCUCUCAAGUUUUGUACAAGAGAUUCGGAGACAAUAUUCUCAUUGCUUUGCUCGGUAGAUGGGAAACUCCACAAUAUGGUCAAGCUGUUCCAGUAGGAGGAUUGAUUUAUUACAUUUCUCCACCAGCAAACUUGAACGAAAUGUUGUUGGAUCCAAUCCAUGCUCUUUUAUACAUGGCUUUCAUGUUAGGUUCAUGUGCCUUGUUCUCUAAACUCUGGAUUCAUGUCAGUGGUGCUUCACCAAAACACGUUGCUGACCAACUCAAGGAACAAGGAUUGAUUCUUGUCGGUCACAGAGACCAACCAAAGGAAAUGGUUAAGACUUUGGAAAAGUACAUUCCAAUUGCUGCUGCCUUCGGUGGUAUGUGUAUUGGAGCCCUCACUGUCAUUGCUGACUUCUUGGGUGCUAUUGGUAGCGGUACUGGUAUUCUCUUGGCUGUCGGUAUCAUUUAUCAAUACUUUGAAAUGUUCAGUCGUCAACAAGAUGAAUUGGAAAUUCCUUUCUUGAGUGGACAAUAA